AUGGAUCCUUUCUCGGGCUUCACGUCUGAAGCAAGUGUUUCAGGCAGACCGCAUACACCGCCGUACACUCCUCUCCGGAACAAAGGCAAACGUCGCCUGGAGCGAUCAGACUCACCAGCAUCGUCCAUCCAUCCCACUGAGACAAUCAGUCCCGCGAAGAAGGUUCCAAAGCGUGCAUCUGUCAUUGCGGCGGAGGAUAACGUGCGGGUCGAGGAAUUAGCAGACUCCGACAAUGCAUACCGUGAUGCUGAUAUCGUCUUCCCGGAGGAGACAGAAGAGGUCGAGAGUCAAGGCGAUGGUGAUGACGAAUUCAGUAUCACAUCCGGCUCGGGCGCUGAAGAAGCAUCCGAAAGCGAAGGCAUGGCAAGGCGAAUGUCAAGACUACAGUGCAAAGACGGCGAAACGGACGAAGAAGCGAAGUUCGAAAAGGGCCGAAGGCAACGCAGAUUGAGUAGACGACAUAUGGGCUCGCAGGUCUUCAAACGAAGCCAUAGCCAGAGUGUCGGCAACAGAACUGGUGCUCCUGCGGCUGAGGUCGCCGACGUCGAUACUGAGGCGAUGGAUGAUCAUGACGUUCUUGGUUCGAAGCGUAGGCUUAGAAGACGUGUGCGCGGACCACGCGAGGAUGAACUGAUGUUCGAGGAGAUGCCGGGUAGUUCACGGAGUCCGAGUCUGGGCAUCGGAGUCGGAAGAGCAGGAAGUGCUGGAGUAGACAGCGGGAGCAGUGUCUUUUACGAUGCGCUCAUGACCCCGGAACGCGAAUCGAAAGACGAGCGUAAACCAACGACAGCAAACGACGAUGUUAUGGAGAUUGACGAUGAAGACAAUGACGGCUGA